AUGAGUAGGCGAAUAGAUAUUCAAUGUAUUAGAGCUUUGGCUAUUUUAGCUGUUUUAUUUUAUCAUUUAUUUCCAACAAUUUUUGAAAAUGGAUUUUUAGGUGUUGAUGUGUAAGUUUCAGAUAAUUAUUAUUAUCAUUCUAAACCAGUUAUAAUUCUCUAAUAAUUUCAGAUUCUUUGUUUUGUCUGGAUUUUUGAUGUCAAGUUCAAAACCAAUCAAUAUUCUCGAUUUCUAUUAUCGAAGAGCUCGAAGAAUUUUACCACUGUAUUACCUCAUUUUAUUUCUAACAACUGUAGCUGUUCAAAAAUUUUUAAUUGAAGUUUGGUGGAAUAAUAAUCAUCGAUAUUACCUAUCAUCGUUGCUCCUAGUCACAAAUCAAUUAAUUAUUCAUGAUAGUGGUGAUUAUUUUCUUGAAUUUCAAGCUGAUGGAUCUUCUUUGAAUGCAUUUAUUCAUUGUUGGAGUUUGGGUGUUGAAAUGCAAUUCUAUCUUAUUGUUCCUUUUAUUUUCAUGGGAUUCGCGCAUCUUAAAUCUGAUUUUUUUGAAAUUCAUUGCAUCUAUUAUCAUGACUUGCAUUUGUAUGAUCCUUUUUCAUUUUAUCAAUCCACAAUUUGCUUUCAAUUUUAUGCCACUUCGAUUAUGGCAAUUUUCAACAGGAUUUGUUGCAUAUUUCUAUAUUCGAGUUAAUUUUAUUGAUAUGUCUAAAAACACUCUGCAACAAUCGAAAUUCAAUAUUCCAAUCGAUUCCAGGAGUUUCAAAAAUAUAAUAUUGACUUGUUUAUUUUUGAUGUUUCUACCAAUUAAAAUGAAUGUCCCAACUUUGCGAAUUCUAUUAACUCUUUGCACUGGUAUAUUAUUAACAUUCGACAAUCAAAAUGAUAACAUUGUGGGUUUUUUAAAAGUUCGUGUGAAAAAAGGUUAUUCAUAUAACUUUCAGAUUCUGAAUAAUCGAAUAUUAUCCCACAUUGGUGAUUUAUCCUAUAUAAUCUAUCUUAUUCAUUGGCCAUUAAUUAUUAUAAUUGGAUCUUCUACCACAAAAUAUUUUAUUUCUACGAUAGUUCUAGUUAUAAUUAUUUCCUCAUUUUUACAUUAUGGCUUCGAGAAAACUUAUAUGACCAAAAUCAAAUCAAAGCUUAUUUUCCUUGGUUUUCUUGGUUUAUUAAUUAUGUCGAAUGGAUAUCUUUACAAAAGUGUCAAAACUCAUGAAUUCUGGAAACAUGAAUAUCCAGAAGAAUUACAAGAAGUUAUAAGCACGAAUCUCGAUAAUCUUAUUUCAAGAUGGAAACCAUUACAAAAAUGUGAUGUUUCGGAUUUUGAAGAUUCUUAUAAACUCGGAGAUCAUACUAUUGGAUAUUGUAAAUAUUUUGGAAAUGGAACAAAAAAUAUAAUGGUUGUUGGAAAUAGUUAUACUGCGAAUUUUGUGAAUACAAUCAAAGACGCAAUUGAUGAAGUUGGAACAUAUUCUGUUUUUCAAUAUGCAUCAUUUCCUUGUAAGUUUUGAAUAUUCGAAAAAUGAUCACAAUUCUUUUGUUUUUCAGCAAGUUAUGGAAUAUAUAGUGAUAAUCCACUUUCAAAUUUAUCUUUAUCAAUUACUCACAAAUUAAUUUCUAAAGAAAAACUCGAUAUUUUGAUGAUUAUAAGCAGAUAUUCUGAAUCUGUUAAAACACCAUUUUAUUAUUCAGAAAAUGACAAAUGGAUUCAAGAAUUCAAUAAGAAUAUUGAAAUUUACGAGAAAUACACAAAACAUAUUUUUAUAUUAGGAGCAUUUCCUUUGUAUGCUCCAUAUUCAAUGAAUGCAUUCAUUCAGAAUUUGAUUUAUAAACCAGAACAUUUGGAAAGUUUUAAUUUGAAAAGAUAUGAUGCAGAUAUUGAAAUGAAAUAUAUCAGAAAACGAUUGAGCAAUAUUAAAUGCAAAUCUUGUCAGGUAAUCAAUUUCAGUUAUAAAAAUGUUCUGAAUGAAAACAGAAUUUUCUUCAGAUAAUCGAUUUGUCACCAAUGAUUGCAACCGAUGAAAAAUAUUUAUUAUUUGACAGAAAAACAAUGCUAUCCUACAUUGACAAUUCAAUUCAUUUAACAAAACCGGGACUCAAAUUAUUUGAACCGUACUUUGCCAAUUUUGCUAAUGAUAUUUUCAAUAAACACGAUUGA